AUGACGGGACAACAAGAACUCGCACAGCAAAGCUCUCCUGAGGCAGGGCGAUUGGAACUUUUCGAUGAUGUUGACGAUAUCGAGGACUACCCAGACGGAGGAGGAGAGGCAUGGACAGUCGUAUUUGGAGCUUGGUGUGCUAUGAUACCAUCCAUGGGACUUCUCAACACUGUUGGUGUACUCCAGGCUUGGGUGUGGACGCACCAGUUGCGCGACUAUACGGAGUUCGACAUUGGAUGGAUCUUUGGCUUAUAUGGUUUCUUCCUCUACGUCACUGGUGCACAAGUUGGACCUAUAUUCGACGCACACGACGUACGACUGACCAUCGUUCCUUCAGAGUACUACCAGUUCCUUCUCACUUUCGGUGUGCUCGGUGGUCUCUCUGCUUCAUGCCAAUUUACACCUGCGAUAGCGACAAUCGGCCACUGGUUUUCCAAGCGCCGCGCCCUAGCCACGGGCAUUGCUUGUACUGCAGGCGGCACUGGCGGCAUUAUAUUCCCACUGAUAAUUUUAUACGCUGCACCAGUGAUCGGUUAUGGCUGGGCGAUCCGGAUUGUGGGUUUCAUAUGCCUCAUAGCAGGCGUCCUAGCUUGUUGGCUCCUUCGCAAAAGAUUGCCUCACAACAAGAAGGCUGGCGCGUCGAUUGACUUGAAGGCUUUGAAAGACAGGAACUAUGCCCUCACCACACUGGCAGUGUGGCUCGUUGAAUUCGCCGUUUUCAUCCCAUACACGUACAUUUCUUCGUACGCCAUCUACCAGGGAGUCGAGCCUCAGCACGCCUAUCGCCUUUCUGCACUACUCAAUGCUGGCGCAAUACCAGGUCGCGCACUUCCAGGCUACGUAGCGGACCGCUUUGGCUACUUCAACGUCAUGUGUAUCACUUCUUUCACAUGCGCGACCUUCAUCUUUGCGCUUUGGCUCACGUCCGGCGCAAGUGAGGCUGCUAUAACAGCCUUUGCUGUGAUUUUUGGCUUCUGGUCUGGGGCGGCAAUAAGUCUGACGCCGGUUUGCAUUGGACAGGUCUGCAAGACGGAGGAUUAUGGCAAGAGGAGUGGUACGACAUUCUCGAUUUCCAGCCUCGCCGUGCUUGUUAGCAUUCCUAUCGCAGGUGCGAUCGUAAACGCUAGCGGUGGUGCGUUCACUGGGUUGAUUGUGUUUGCUGGAGCCUCUUACAUGGCAGCAUUUCUUGCGUUCCUGUUGACAAGGAUUGUGGCAGCAGGGUGGAGCUGGCGGAUACAGUUCUAG